UGCACAAACCCAAACGGAAAGAUCUAGUCACGGAGAUCCUGCGAGCGUCUGUCAAACAGCUGGAGCGGUUUCGACAUCCGAAAAUCCUUCAGAUAAUGCACACCGUUGAAGAAAGUUCGGAGACCCUUUCGUUUGCCACCGAGCCCGUCAUCGCCAGUUUAGCGAAUGUCUUAGCAUACCAGGAAAGCGCAGGAACAGCUCCUGGGCCGCCAAGCACCGGUGCCUCACAGCAAAUUCAAAACAGUUCACCCGCCAACAGGCCGCCGCAUGCCAAAGAGUACAGCUUUCUGGAUAUUGAACUGAAAUACGGUAUUCUACAGAUCACAGAAGCACUUUCGUUCUUGCACUAUUCAGGCCAAGUGAUACACCGGAACGUAUGUCCCUCAUCGAUUUUGAUCACGAAAAAGGGUACGUGGAAACUGGCGGGUUUUGAAUUCACCGAACGGGUAAACGAAACCGACGCCACCGAUCCGGUACCAUGCCAGUCUUGGUCCACACGAACAUCCAAAAUGGUGCAGCCCAAUCUGGAUUACAUGGCACCUGAAAACCAGAUCAACUCCAACUGCAGCAUACUGAGCGAUAUGUUCUCGCUCGGAAUGGUGAUAUGUGCCAUAUUCAACCACGGGAGACCGUUAAUACAGUCCGGGAAUUCACCACCUGCGUAUCUCAAACAAAUGGAAACACUAGAUGAGGCAGUGCACAAUUUUCUACCCCGGAUACCAAUUCCUCUGCAAGAGGCUACAACUCGUUUACUAAAAAAGUCUCCUGGUGCUAGGCCUACAGCUCAACUACUGACACUCAUAAAGUAUUUCAGUGACCCUGCCGUUCAAGCAUUGCAAUUUCUGGACGUCAUCAACAUGAAGGAUCCCACGCAGAAAACCCACUUCUAUCGCAGUACGCUGCGGGAGGUGCUGCCCUUCAUACCACGGAAACUGUGGUGGCAACAUAUCUGGCCUAAUUUACAACAGGAAAUGCGGGCUGAUGAGGUACUGGCUGCAGUUCUGCAACCCGCGUUAACCCUGGUCAAGGAAUCGUCAAACAGUGAAUACGAAGCAAUCAUUUUACCAACCUUUAAGACUGUUUUUGUAGCCCCUAAAUCUAUACAGGCAACCGUAGCAUUACUAGAGAAUCUACACAUAAUCCUAGAGAAAACACCACGGGACGACAUCAGGACGGAAGUGCUUCCGCUGUUGUUCAAUGCGCUCGAGAGUACAACGAUACAGGUGCAGAGCGCUGCACUGGUAGCUGUAACGAACGUGUACGACUACUUGGAUGACAUAACGAUUAAGAAACUGGUGCUACCAAAGCUAAAAUCAGUUUUUGAGAAGAACCAAAGCGAUCUGAAGAUUAUGGGCAAUGUGCUGCAAUGUGUGGAACGAACUCUAGACAAGCUCGACAAGUCACAGAUAAUAGACGAAGUACUGCCUUUGUUACUCGAAGUUAGGUUAACGGAUCCGGAUAUUAUUAUACGAGUUGUCAAUAUUUACCGGAUUAUGCUGUGUGAUAAAAAGUACGGGCUAACCGUAAACACCAUGGCCACGAAAGUGAUGCCCACCCUCCUGCCUCAAACUGUGAAUCCCUCGUUAAAUCUCGAACAAUUCAUGAUCCUUCUGGAGGUGCUCCAAGAGAUGCUGGACCAAAUCGAUAGACAGCAGCGAAAUAAGCUGAAACUGGACAACCUAUCUCUUCCCUCGCCCGACCGACACCGACCCCUGCGGCAUCAGUUCUCCUCUGACAAUAUGAACGUACAGCAGUUCAACAUUCCUAAUCUGAGAAUUGACCAGCGAAAGACUUCCAGUGCCGAGGAUAUGGCACGGAAGAAUUCAACAGGUUCGGGUGCUCUAGGUAGCUGGUGGUUUGGCGGCUCACCCUCGUCUCCGGAUAGCAAUUUCCUGCGGGUGGUCAACGCAUUCCCGAAUCGACGACUGUCGGACAAUACCCUUAUGACCCCGAAGAUACGGAUCGCUCCAUCAUGUGCCUCCUCACCGGGUGGUACUCCGGGUGGUGGCUUGCCAAUAAGACGUCACUCAAGUAUCGGACCCCAGGAAAGACGAAGCUCCCACACCAACCUGUCACCACCGGCCCUUUCACGGAGCAUGAUCGGCGGCUCGAUGCCAAAUACGUCAAGUAGCGUACCGUUUUUGCUCUCGUCUAGCAUGCAGUCGAUCCGUAGCCGCCGUACCUCGACGGUACUAUCUUCCGGUCCACUCGGGUCCGGAUCGGGUCUGCUGCAGCAGCUCGGUUCCGGCAUGAUUCUGAACACCAAAAACUUCAAAUCAGUACUGGAAAAAGUUACUAAAAACCGACCACGAUCCUCCUCCCUAUUUAGCGUGUACAAUGAUCGUUAGUACGAAAGCCAUUUGAUACUCGUUCCAAAUUUUGAUUACGUAAAAAUAUAAAACCUAAACGCCACAGUAGCAUGAUGACGAUGCCAAGUACUGUCCCGACCAGUUAUGUGUGUGUAUGUCAGUAAUGAAUCGACGAUAAUAAGUAGCCAGACAAAUUGUAGCCAACCCGUUCUAUCUGAAACCCAACCGGAGGUAAGACCCGUAGACCACUCGUUGGCUUCCAGCCUUAAAAACAGUAAAAUUAAUAGUAGUAACAUUCCAUACAAUAUUCAAAUUGUUUGGCAGUCGUAUCCGUAGAACUUGACCCACAUACUUAACCAUAUAUUGAUCAGUGGUAUUUCUUUAGUCCUUCCCUCUUUGACACCGCCAGAAGGAUUCCAUCGUAGUAGUAAUCAGUAAAUAACCUUCCGCCUGUAGA